GGCGCCGGGCGCGGAGCCGGGCAGGGCAGCGCGGGGCAGGGCCGGGCAUGGGGCGGCAGCCGCCGGCCGGGGCAGCCGGCCGGGCCAGCAGCGGGGCGCGCCGCCCGCCGCACUAAGCCGAGCCGCAGCCCAGCGGCCGCCUGCGGGGGCCGCCUCCUCUUCCUCCUUCUCGCCCCCGGUGCCCGCCCGCGUCCCCCCGGCGGCAGCAUGAGCGCGGCGCCCUGAGCUGCGGGGUCGGCGGAGCGGGGCUCGCCCCUACCCCCCCCCCCCCACCCCAGCCCCAGCCCCUCAGCGGAGCGGGACCCGCCGCCACUUCCCUGGCUCCUCCCAUGGCAUGAGCCCGCGCUCUCCUCCUCCCCCCCCUCCCGCCGCCUGCUUUCGCUCCGUCUCCCUCCCCGGGCCGGCAGAUGGGAUAACGUGCCUCGCUGCCACCCCCCCGUGCCGGACCGGAGCGGGGGGCCCGGCCCCAGGUCAGCCGUGACCGCCGGUUCGGCUCGCCCGGAGGCCAAGAUGAACCCGCGGCGGGGCCGGCGGCCCCCGACCGGCGGCUGCUCGGUGCUGCUGCUGCUGCUGUGGCACUGCUGGCUCUGGCCGGCCGGAGCCGACAACGCCAGCCAGGCGUACUACACCGCCCUCAUCAACGUGACGGUGCUGAGCCCCGAGCGGGGCGGCCCCACGCUGCUCAGGAUCGACCGCGGCCGCUACGGGCAGGAUUCCCCCAAGGUGGAGGUCAAGGGCCUGCUGGUGGCUCCCGUGCCCAUCAACGGAGUUGCAGAUCGCCUGGGCUGUGACCCUCGAACACGUUUCCAAGUUCCACCGAACACCAAGCAGUGGAUUGCUUUACUACAGCGAGGAAACUGUACGUUUAGAGAGAAAAUACUGCGAGCAGCUUCACAUAAUGCUACAGCUGUGGUCAUUUACAACAAUAUAUCCAGUGAAGAACCUGUCACGAUGACUCAUCAAGGAACUGGAGACAUUGUUGCUGUCAUGAUUACAGAAUCAAAGGUUAAGGAGAUCCUGAAUUAUUUGGAAAAGAACAUCUCUGUCCUGAUGGCAAUAGCAGUGGGAUCCCGUGUUCCUCCAAAAAACUUCAGUCGGGGCUCUCUAGUCUUUGUGUCAAUAUCUUUCAUUGUUUUGAUGAUCAUUUCUUCAGCAUGGUUAAUAUUUUACUUCAUCCAGAAGAUCAGGUACACAAGUGCACGUGAUAGGAAUCAGCGUCGUCUUGGAGAUGCUGCCAAGAAAGCCAUCGGUAAAUUGACAACCAGGACAGUAAAGAAGGGUGAUAAGGAAACAGACCCAGACUUUGAUCAUUGUGCUGUCUGCAUCGAGAGUUACAAGCAGAACGAUGUUGUUCGCAUUUUACCGUGCAAGCAUGUUUUCCACAAAGCCUGUGUGGAUCCGUGGCUUAAUGAGCACUGUACGUGCCCGAUGUGUAAAUUGAACAUUUUGAAGGCCCUGGGAAUUGUGCCAAAUGUGCCGUGUACAGAUAACGUGGCCUUUGACAUGGAAAGGCUCACCAGAAGCCAGCCAGCUAACAGACGAUCAGCGCUGGGCGAUUUUGCCAACGACAGCUCUCUCAGCCUGGAGCCCCUGCGCACCUCUGGGAUGUCACAGCUUCCACAGGACGGAGAGCUAACUCCAAGGUCAGGAGAGAUCAACAUUGCUGUGACAAGCAGCCACUUCUUUCAUCGCAAUUCUCUGUCCCCACGAAGUCUGGUCUACGAGAGCGAAUUCUCAACAAUCGAGCCCGCUUUGGACAUGUAUGACGAGAACAAAACCUGAAAGGAAUCCAUAUUCCUUCUUGGCCCUUUUUCCGUUGUUUUCAUUUCUCAUUCCUAUUGUUGUGUACUCUUUCCAUGGAUCUCCUUUGUCUGAAGAAGAGCUGCUUUUUCCAGAACACAAGCCCGCCUUCUAGAUCGCAGAGAUGAAGACCAGCUGCGGUGGUUUCUGAGGGUGGCUUCUCUGAGCGUGCACAAGCAAGGUUGUCUGAUGGAAAUGGCUGAGUAACAGCAUGGGGAGCUGUGUCGGCCCAGCCGUGGCGAUGCAGAGGAGGCUUUGCGGUGGUCCUAAGAGUUUGUUUUGUACUGCAAAUGCGUCUCUUAAAUAGGCGUCUGCUGUUUCCAUUUUUUAAUCGUCCGGAUAGUUGGGCAGCGUCAGAAAGGGAACUAGUUGCAGAGGAGAUGGCCAGUGACUGGUAAAAGCACUCUGUAUAUCUCGGUCAGUCCAUAACCUUACUGUGAAAUAUCCCCUUCCGAGAGGGACCUUUACAAGUGCAUUGAGUUUCCUACAACCCGCUCACCCCCGGGCAAUAGCAAGCCAGUCUGACGUUAAAGCUGCAGAGAGGCCCUGCGUUUGCGGAAAGAUCUCAAGGAACUUGAUGCUUCCAUUUUUUUCUCCAUUUCUAUUGAAGCAGGAGGAAAGUGGCCUAACAGAAUAUAUUUUUGGUCCUUUCACGUGCUCCAGUCAAGUGAGUCUCUUUCUAUAGAGAGGACAUUGACAGAACCAGCACUUGAUCUACCUGAAAAUCAUUAGACUUCUUGAAAUAUGCAGGAAUCUAAUUAGCUGUCUUUCUUGCUUAACUUUUUUUGGGGGGAGGUUAAAAAAUCCACCAAACUUUUCUCUAAGAUUUUUAAAAGCCAGCGUGUUGGCACUACACAGAGAAGAAAAGAGGUAAGCUUCUUAUCCCAUUCUCCCAUUGAGAUCUGCAACAGUUAAAUAACAAACACGUUCUCUAAGCCAUGCCCCUUCCCACUACCAUCAAUAACGUGAAUGCAGAAAGCAGAAGAAUAAAGGAAAGCAGCAACUGCUUUGAGACUCAGCAGGAAAAUCCAUUUUUACCAGAGUGUGCCAGAAGCAGUGGGGAAACGAAGAUUGUUUUCAAGCUUCUGAAAAGUAAUGCGGAGAUGGACAGCGCGAGGGAGAACCUCUGGAGUUCAGUCCGUGGUGCUCCCCAGGUGAGCAGACGCGGAGAAGCGAGAGCUGCUGCUCCACCGUUUCCUCCUGGACGAUGCGUGGCUGUUUAAUGGAUGUUAACGUUUUCUCCAUUGCAGUCUAAGUUGCUGUAGAUGUAGAAAUGCAUUGGUGUCCUUGUAAUGUGAAACACAGCUUCACUCUGUAUAGGAAACUUGAGAAAUCAGUAAGCCAAAAAGAAAGGUAAGACAUACC